AUGGAGGCUGUCACCGGUUCUGAUCCGUCCGAUCCUCUAGUUGCAGACGUCCUGGGCUGUGGUCAGCUGGACCUCACUCGAGGGCUCAUGCAACGGGCGUCUUCGGGGCCGCGUUUGCGACCUGGAGGGCGAUUCCGUCAACACGCUGCCGCUCUGGAGGCGCUAACGAGGCUGCGGCAGGAUCUAGAAGCUGAGGGUCCAGAGUCGAGUGCGACUCAAGGGCAAAAUACCGGUGUCAAAUGGGACGUUCGCCACCCAGCGUUUGAUCCUCGAAGCUAUCUGUUCGAGGUUCACGUGGACACGUCCUAUCAGGAGCUGGAACGCGGACUAGAGGAGUUAGCGCAGCGGAGGCAGCGUCUGGAGAAAGCGUACCUGCAAGCGGCAGUGCACUCACUUCCUGCGUACCUGACGACAAUAUUCACGCUACUCCCGGAACUGGAACCGUCCGGUUCAACCUCAGGGCGAACGCAUCCACUUGAGCAAUUAGAGUCAACUUUUCGAGGGGCGUGCGCGCAGCUCAGAGAUUUGUUCGAAACCUACCACAACAUUGGGGUUUCGUUGAGCGCUUGGCAGUAUACCUCUGUGCGGAUGCGUAUCGAUCCCGAGAUCGGAAUGAUGUACAGACGGUUUCUGACUGCGCUGUUCGAGAGCGAUGCAGCAGCAGCAGCUGCUGCUGCUGCUGCUGCCGCCGUGAGCUAUAAUACAUUGAUAGAAUUACGAGCUCAGGCACGCAACGGGCUUGCUCAACGUGAAGCGUCCUCGACAGGGACACGCGAGUGGACCGACGUGACUCUCCGCUCGAUGGAGUUCCUGCUUCAGAGGCUGCGUUUCUGCCCGCGAUUCCAGAAUGGAGCCGCGUCGAUUCCGUCCGCUGCUUUCUGGAAGAGCUUCGAUGAAACCGUCGAGCAAAUCUGGGCAGAAUGCACUGAACCACGCCGCACGGUCGAGACGUUUUAUCUCCUGCGUUUGGACGUUGCCAGUGAGACGCUUCGGGAACGUUGUGACGCACAUGCGCUGCGUCUGAAGAGCACCAUCUUGCGGAGCGCCUUAUCCGCAGUGGAAAACACGAAAGCAGAGGUACCGGCUGCCGAGUGCAAGUUCACAUCAGAAAUACCUUAUACGGAGGUUUUCGCGGCGGCAGCCCAACUCGUUCUUGCGUACCUGCGGAAAGAGGUGAUUGGAAUGAGCCAGUUCGUUGCGAACCUUUUACACUACGUGGAUGCGGCACGUCAAGCCCUGCUUGGCCCGAUUUUGAACGAUGCGGAACGCGAAGCGUCGGCUCGACUGGUCCAAGUCCUGCGAGCAUUCAUCGAAACCUGCAUAGAUAUAUCUAGGGAGGCGAUGGACGCAAAUCGGUGGAAGCUGCUGGCUCCAGACGCCUUAACGCCAGAGCUAUGGGGCUCGGAAGCGCUAGCAGAGCGUCUGAAGGGUCUUCUGGAGACCAGUCUGCAGGCUUUGGGGCAGAUUCCUUCUGGACGAAGCAGUUGA